AUGUACGCUUUUCUCGCAAUUCUAUUAUUUUUUGUUCGAAGAAAUAAAUCUCCAGCUCCGACUCCCACUCCAAUUCCGGUUACGAUAAAUACCGAUAUAGAUGAAUUAAAACAAGAUAUGUUAGCUAUAAAAAACGAAAUUGUUAGAAUGCAAAGUGAUGCGGAAUGGAGAAGUGAAGUCCGAAGACAAGCAUCUAUACAAAGCCACAGAUCUGAAUAUAUUAUCGUAACUGAAACUCUCUGGGUCGAAUUUACCGCCCUAUUUGAUGAGAGAAGAAAAAGAGAUAAAUGCUCUCCCACGAAAAUAUAUAAUGCCUUAUCCAUAGAAAUAGGACUCAGUCCUGCGACACUUGCUACCUUUUAUCGACACCAGAGAGCACCACUAACCACUUCGUUAGACAAAAUCGAAAUCUGGGUCAAGAGAGAAAACAAGAAAAAAGAUAACUCGAUUAUCAUUAGCAGUGGCAAUAGAGGCUUGAGUAGCCAUAAUAGCGGAGCUAGUGUCUUACCGACACAUAAUUUUUCGA